CCUAGUAAGGUCAGAAGGCUUUCUCUACAGAGAGAAGAGUGCAUUGCAGCCUGAGUAUUACUAGCUUUAAAGCCUGGACACAGAGGUUUGCAAAAUGAAUGGAGACCCUUUUCAGGAGACCAUGUACAUUGAAGAAAACACAUAUAAAAAUGAUAUGAUCUCUUUGAUUUUCUCUCUGAAAGAAAAGGUUGGGGCGUUGGCUACAGUUCUGCGCAUAUUUGAGGAAAAAAGUAUAAACCUGACCCAUAUUGAGUCCAGACCUUCCCGAGUCAACAAAGAUGAGUAUGAAUUCUUCAUAAACCUGGAUAGCAGGAAUACUCCUCUUCUCACAGAUAUCAUCAAGUCUUUGAGAAACGAAAUCGGAGUGACUGUUCAUGAGCUUUCACGUAAAAAGAAGAAAGAUGCUGUGCCAUGGUUCCCGAGAACUAUCCAGGACCUUGACAGAUUUGCCAACCAGAUCCUAAGCUAUGGAGCUGAACUGGAUGCAGACCACCCUGGUUUCAAAGAUCCUGUUUACCGGGCCCGCAGAAAGGAGUUUGCUGACAUCGCCUACAACUACAGACACGAGCAGCCUAUUCCUAAAGUGACUUACUCAGAGGAAGAAAAGAAAACGUGGGGCACAGUCUUCAGGGAGCUGAAGACUCUCUAUCCAACUCAUGCUUGCUAUGAACACAACCACGUGUUCCCGCUACUGGAAAAAUACUGUGGCUACCGAGAGGAUAAUAUUCCACAACUUGAAGACGUUUCAAAAUUCUUGCAAACUUGCACUGGAUUCCGCUUACGCCCUGUCGCUGGCCUGCUGUCUUCUCGGGAUUUCCUGGCUGGUUUGGCAUUCAGAGUGUUUCACUCUACACAGUACAUCCGCCAUGGAUCUCAACCAAUGUACACACCAGAACCUGAUGUUUGCCAUGAGCUCCUAGGACAUGUACCUCUGUUUGCUGACAUUAGCUUUGCUCAAUUUUCCCAGGAAAUUGGACUCGCAUCCUUGGGAGCGCCGGAUGAAUAUAUUGAGAAACUUGCUACGGUCUAUUGGUUUACCGUGGAAUUUGGACUCUGUAAAGAAGGUGAUGAAAUAAAGGCCUAUGGUGCUGGGCUGCUGUCUUCAUUUGGCGAGUUGCAGUACUGUUUAUCAGAUAAGCCUGAAAUUCAAUCCCUUAACCUGGAGAAGACUUCAGUCCAGAAAUAUCCUGUCACUGAGUUCCAGCCUGUUUACUAUGUUGCUGAAAGUUUUAAAAAUGCAAAGGAAAAAGUAAGGAGAUUUGCUUCAACAAUCCCUCGACCUUUCUCCGUUCGCUACAAUCCAUACACCCAGAGAAUUGAAGUCUUGGACAACGCAAAGCAGUUGAAGAAUUUAGCUGAGUCCAUCAGCAGUGAGAUGGGAACUCUUUGCAGUGCCCUCAAGAAGAUACAAUGAAGGUUUUCUCAGCGUCCUCUCUUCCAAGAGCUACUGGCUGAAGUGACUCUAUGCAAAUGCCAAUAAUAUUCUAGCUAUUUCAUAUUAUCACUCUAUUGAAUGUGUGAAUGUUUAUGAUAUAUAUAUAUAUAUACACACACACACAAAAAUAUAUAUAUUACUUAAUUACUAUAGCUUAGCAACAAAAGAGGCUUCUGUGGGUGACUCUGUGCUUUCUUUGGUUGCAUAUCAUAAUUCUGUUUAAAAUUCACCUCAGUCCAGGUGACUAUCCAUGGCCGGCACAUCUUUUCUGUCUGAAUCCUGGAGGCUGGCAGAAAAGGGAAUCCUUCUCCAUUCACCAGCCUGUGGAGUUACUGGUACUGCAUUGCCGCCAUGUCCCAGUGACAACGUGGCAAUGGCUAGCAGCAGAUUCACCUACCCUGCCACAUCCCUCCUACUCUCCCAUCCCCCCCCAGCCUGCAGCCAUGCCGGGUUCCCCUGGAGAGCUAAGCUCUGUAUCCCUAGCUAGUACACAGGCUAUACAUGUCCUCACAGACCAUGUCCCCUACAUAGCAAAUCUGCACCUCUUCCACCACAUACAGGGCACUCUGCACAGAGAAGAGGCCACAGUUUGCCACCUUAACAUGGGGCUUAAGUGGUACCUUGUGUGGGUCCUCUGCACUGGGAUGAAUUUUGCUGUAAAAGUUUUUGUUCUUCAAAAGUUACUUCAGAUUUAGUCAAAGAGUAGAUGCUCUGCUGUUACUAGUGGAGAAUGUGUUUUCAGUAUGUUUCUGACUCAUUAGUGAAGAUUUCUCUUCCAGUGUUAAAAUAUUGUGUUCACACCAUGUGCAGUGUGUUCUCACAGCUCAUAGUCCAGGGACUAAAUUUGCUAGGUCACAAAUUGGAUAUUUGAACCAUCCUGAGCAAAGCAGAGCAAAUCAGUGUUUCCCAUUAACAGUGUUUCCCAUACACAAGUUUCAACAUGUGAUGACAGGUUUCGGAGUGGUAGCCGUGUUAGUCUGUAUCAGCAAAAACAACGAGGAGUCCUUGUGGCACCUUAGAGACUAACACAUUUAUUUGAGCAUAAGCUUGGGGUUUAGCCUAUGAAAGCUUAUGCUCAAAUAAAUUUGUUAGUCUCUAACAUGAUGAGAGGUUCAAAAGCUGCGGUGGGCUUUACAAAAGUGAUUUAAAAGUCCACUCUGGCUCCAGGUUUUUUGUUAGUCUCUAACAUGAUGAGAGGUUCAAAAGCUGCGGUGGGCUUUACAAAAGUGAUUUAAAAGUCCACUCUGGCUCCAGGUUUUUUGCCGCCCCAAGCACAUGCUUUGAAGGCUAGUGCCUAGAGCCAGCCUUGUAAGGAUACCAGCUGGGACCUUUUUGAAUAGAAGUAUGUUUAUACAAAAUGGCAUCAUUUUGGUGCUUUGAAGUAUGACUUUUUAUCACUGAGUUUUUUAUUGUGUGGUAAUGUCUGUGCAAACCUUUAAUCCCUGGCACUUAUUUCAAAAGUGAAAAUAGCCCAUGUUCCUUCCCUUCUGGUAUAGUGAUACCUCUAAGGUGAUUGUGUUCACAAAAGGAUGAUUUCACCACAAGUUUGAAGUCUUUCAAAAUAUUCUGCUGCUGGCUUUCAAAUCUUGUUGUGACUGCUGCUAUGAAUAACAGUAGAACAGCAUCCAUGGUGCUGUUGGAAACACAGGAUACAUGGUUUCCUUUAUACUUAAGUGGAAUUAUUAAACAACUUUCACAUUUAGGGUCUGAUUCUGUCUCAUUUACACAGGUGUAGGCUGGAGUGACUCCAGUUAAGUCAAUGGCAUUACACUGGUGUCAAACUAGUGUUAAGUGAGGGGAGAGAACUGGCCUCCUCAGGAUUUUAGAAAUGGAUGAAACAAACUGAAACUAGAUUUUCUUACUAAAAAAUAAGCUUAUGCAUUUAUUUUUAAAUAUUUUAAGUUAGUUGCAUUUAGAAUACUAGUUUUAGUGGAUAGCUCAAGAAAGAAAUUAAAAUUUGUAAAAAAUCUUUUAAUUUCUCUUCUCUCUGGUAAAC